AUGCGAAAGAAAUUAUUACCUCCAGAGAGACCGAUACGUAAUGUUGUAGCAGUUUAUAGAGAGAGGGGAAAUUACUUGCAGCGCUUGGAGCAAUUCGAGAAAGCGAUUUUAGCCUACAACGAAGCUCUUCGCUGGAAUAAUUCCGACGUCCGUUCACUGCUCGGACGAAGUUUGGCUCGUGCAAAAUCUACAUACUACACUGAAGCAUUAGUUGACGCUGCAAGAGCAGCCGAAUUAGAGCCAGAAAACUUGACGGCCCUGCAAAUAAGAGCACAAACGGAAUAUGAAAAAUGCUCUUUUGAACGUGCCCUAGUGUUGGCGUAUCGAGGCCAGCGCGAGCGAGGCUUGCCGAACUUCGCAGACUGUGCCAGAUGUGCCGAACAAACCAUCCGAGAAUGCGCUGGAAAAAGUGCGGCGAAAGUAUUGUCUUCCAUAAUCAAGUCAUAUCCAAUGAUUGGAAUACGAGCUGAUUCGGAGGAGGUCUUAACAGUUCCUGAACGUAAAAGUCGCAUGAAAUCUCCUUCAACACACCAAAUUCAAGAAAUAUCCCGCGUGGAAAGGCAAAAGGCCGAACAUACAUCCCGUCUAAUGGCUUCGAAGUAUUUGGAGCAAAUGGCCCAUGACAAAUAUUUUCUCAACGCAUUAUGUAAGGACGAAAGACUUUGCUCCGCCAACAAACAGGGUUCUCAGGAAUUACAAGAGUUAGCUCAUAAAGCACUGGCUGAUAUCGAGAAUAGACAAACAGUCCUCCGAGAACGUCGACCGCUCUACGCCGCUCAAGCAGCAGAAGCAGCGGCAAGAGCGAGACUAUCAAAAGCUCAUAAGCAAAGAGUGGGUCAUGCUCAACGUCAACACAUCACUGAUGCGCGCCGUUUGGUUCAUUCUGCACAAGAAAUGUAUGAAAAACACGACACUUUGAAGUGUUUAGAAGCAGCAGAGUUUGCUAUGGAGCAGAUUUCGAGGUUGCAAUCCAACAUGCUUCCAGGAAAGGAUAAGUUUUUGCAGGAGUUGUACGAAAUUGUGGCUCAAGCGUUUUUAGAUCAGAAACGUGUUCGAGAAGAAAUGAGCGAGGCAGAUCGUGAGAAAAGAGCGUUUAUUCUGCUGGGAAUACCAAUAUCGCGUGAACCCAGCCAUGAUUCAAUUUUACGUACGCGGCCGCUUGCGCCCCCGCGCGACGCCAAACGACGUCUACGUACAUUGGAACGCAGCCUAACUCUUAGCGGACGUGCCACGGAACGUUGCUACAUUCUACACGAGCUGGCACGCUUGCAUGCCGACACUAGACAAGCACACAGAGCAAGGUUUUACGCUGCGAAAUGCCAAGCCGAGGCGAAGUCUUCAAGCCAGCACGCUUGGUUGCUCAACGCAUCGUUCCUCCUGGCACGAUGUCAUGUUAUACAGAAUAACCGUCCUGAAGCCCGCGCCCAACUGAUCGAAGGAGCCGCACUAGCUCGCUCGUUCAAGUACCCGGAUGUAGCUGCGUUUUUUGACACGUGCGUAGAUAUAUCACUGGAGGGUGAGGUGGAGACGCAUGACUCGAUACUGAUGAAACGUGAGAGGGCGAUGGUCAGUCUUAUGCAAGACGACGAUCUUCGCCAAGCGGCUGAGCAUUUGUUCCGAAGGAUGUCUGUUUUACCCCCUUCGAGACGUUUCUCCGUCAUGCCUGGAGCACGGACUGAGGAUAGUGCAGAAGUUCCAUCUAAUCGCCGAGCUUCCAUCAUGCCACGGGUCCAAACACCAGUCAAAGUUGCUCACAAGAAACACCAUCCACUUGGAUUCCAAGAUUUCGACAUUUAA